AAUAACCACAAUAAGUUUAUAAAUGGUUGCUUGUAUUUUGACAGAAAUGCUUAUUUUAAUAUAUUGACACACGCAUUGAACAUUUUUUAAAACAAAUUGUGUACAUAUAUUGCCAUUGUUAGUACCCUUUGAUGAAAACUUUGUUAAUACAAUAGUGUUCAGUCAAGAAAAGUUUGUGUGUUUUAGAUUUUAGGUCUUCAGUUAAAUAUCGGCAUCUGUAUAAUAAACUCUUUAUAAACGUGGAUUUUUAAGAAGUAUAAUAUAGAAUAUCAUUUUUAGAAGGAAAUAAAAGUAUAUGAUACAUAAUUAAUAUGUAAAAUAGUAUCGCUGUAUAGAAUGUUUGGAAAGACCUACCAGUAAUAUUUACAUUUUUCUGAUGGGGACCCAAACUAUAUCAGAAGGUGAUUUUGAUAUCUUGCAGUUUGAAAAACAACUUACCACAUUAAAAGAUUCUCAAGAGGCUAUUAACAACUGUUGCCAAUGGUGUCUACAAUAUAAAAAUUACCACAAGAAAAUAGUUAAUGCUUGGCUAAAUGUCUUGAAAAGGGUUAAAGUUGAACAAAGGCUUAAUUUGUUUUAUUUGGCAAACGAUGUUAUUCAGUACUCUAAAAGGAAAAACUAUGCAUUUGUUGAAAGUUGGGGAAUUGCCUUGCAAAAGGCUACAACUAUGGUUAGGGACGACAAAGUUAAACACAAAAUACUUAGGAUAUUCAAAAUUUGGGAGCAAAGAGGUGUAUAUAAUAAUGAAUUUAUAUCUGAUUUAUGUGGACUUAUAAAUGUUGUACCCAGUGCUCCAAAAAAUGAUGAACCACAUGAAUUUCAGCCAAGUUAUGUGAUAGGUAGGAUUAAAACAUGUGCAAAGCUGGAAAAAGAUACAGACACUAAAUUGAAAAUAUUGAAAGAACAUAAUCCUAAAAUACAACUAGAUGAUGGUCUUUUGGCAUCUCUUAAGGAUCGUGCUAAUGUGGAUGAUGUAGAAAAAGAACUCGAAGUGUAUAUAGCACACAUCAAUGAUUAUAUGCAGGCGUUAAGGUCAGAAGUUAAACAAAGAGAAAAUCUAAUCAGCAUAUUAAAGCAAGCAGAAACACAACUGGAAGCCGAUCGGAAAGAUGUCAAAGUCGUAGCAAAUGCAUACAAGAUGUUUGGUUUGAGGGUAAAAACCUUCCAAAGGAAACUAGAAGAACACAAACAAACCUUGUCAAGUCCUGUACCUUCACCAGAUAUAAAUGCUCCAUCACCUAGUCCAGAUUCUGAUCUUGAUUUACCAGAAGAGUCUGCAGAUGAAGUAAUAAAUAGUAUCAAAAAAGCUCCACUUGCAGAUUACAAUCCCAAGGCCGAGUUGCAGUUCAGUGCAGGUUAUUAUACACCAAAUAAAACCCUCGAGUCUGCCGCUGAUUUGUCGAACGUCUCGAAUAGCUUCCUAAGCACUAAUGGCUUUGCUAGUUUUAUGGGAUCAGAAACGUUUAAUUUAGAGAGUUUUAGCAGCACUUUAUUUAGCAACGUCAGCAGUUUCAAUAAUACCAACGAUUCUUCGUUGGAAACAAGUUUCACUCCACCAAUUUCGACACCGAAUACCCAAGUUCCACCUCCGCUCAUAGAACCGACAACUCCUCAGCCUUCCUAUGGAUAUGACACGAAUACUAUACCCUUGCUUCCUCCACCAAUGCCUCCAUUUUCAAAAGCUGAAUUGGAAUUUGGAAAUACUGGCAGCUAUGGUCCAACAACGACGGAAGCAAACAAUGCAUAUGUUACAGAUACAUUUUCAAACCCUUCCUAUGAAACUUCUAACAUAAAUUACCAAUCGGAGGACAACUUCAGGGAAGAUAUAUUUGAACCCCCUGUGGGGGCUAAUCCUUACCCGCCCAGUGAGGAAUAUAAUCCCGAAGAAGAUCUAGCCACAUGGGAACCAGACUCUGGUUGGAAUCCUCCUCCUCCUCUAACAGAUGAUUCUCAAAGUAGCCUUGGAACCAAAGAUGUUGAUCACCGAAACUUGAUAAGCCUUACUGGAUCUCCUGGACAUUCCAACUCUCAAAAUUCUCUUUCUAAUAGCCUAUGGAACAAUCAGUCAGACCAGGAUUACAGGGUUUCUCGAAUCCAAAGCUUGCCGGCUGAAGAUCCUGGAAAUGGCUCCGGUGACCAAGACUACAGAUUUGGUUUUAAUAUAGAUCAACUGAAACUCCCUCCUCCACCACCGCCGCCACCAAAGUUUCAGGAGCAGCAUCUACCGCCGUUGUUGUUGGAAAGAGAUGAUCCUUCACCACCUAUAUCUCCAGACAAUGUGGAUAUGGAUCUGAGCGAUGACGAAAAUUGUAGAGUAAAGAGUGAAAAUUUAAAGGUUAUUAUCGAUGGAAGUGAAAAUGAUGAUCACUCUUUUAUGCUAGAACCACCCCCACCGCUACCUGAACUACCUGAUGAUGACACAAAUAAUUUCUUAGAUGAUCUCACUCAUGGCGACGAAAUGAAUGAAUUUGGAAAUAUAUCUGAUAAUCUGGAAGAUUCAUUGAGCAAUAAUUCUAUGAGCGUUCCACCGCCAUUAAUGAUGAAUUUUAAUGAUUUGGUAGGUCCGCCAAUCAUGCCUGCAUCAUUGAACACUUCCCUACCCCCACCUCCACCGCUCCAUCCACCGCCAAUGAUGAUGGGACAACCUGGGCCGCUUGCCCCGCCUCCGAAUCCUUGGCUAUCGGAUGAUGAUCUAGACAAUUCAUCGCAAAACAACCAUGAUCAAAGCGGUGGAGAAGAUUGGGGUCCAGACGAUAAUUGGAUGGGACCACCUCCUCCUCAAAUGCCACCGCCAUAUAUGAAUAAUCAAGGUUUUCGAGGAAGAGGACACAACAAUAGAGGGCCUUUCGUUAAAAGAGGGAGGGGACGAGGAGGGUCCCCGGGAUUUAAUUUCAUGCCAGAUCAAAAUUUUGGAGGAGGCAAUUUUAGAGGAAAUUUCAGAUCAAGAGGAGGAAACCGUGGCAAUAGAGGAUUCUUCCCAAGAGGCGGUAACUUUAGAGGAGGAUUUAGAGGUGGCUUCUGAUAAUACUAGAUAUUUUAUGUUAUACAUUGCAUAGUAAAAUGUUUCAUAAAGAUUCUUGAUCUAUUAGUAAAAAUUGUGAUCGGUCAUAUUCUUGGUGAUAAGAAGUUCGCGUAAACGAUUUUUUAUUUAAAACAUGUAAUGUUUAGUAGAAUAAGUUGUAUCUUUGCACAUUUUUUUAAUGUACGUAAUUGGUUUUUCUAUUUCCCUUAAUAAUCAAAAACAGUUUGAUCAGUUUGUUUAUAAUUUACGUUAAAUUAAAAAAAAUAGUUUUGCG